GAGGGUGAUUUGGCCAUUCCUAAAACAAAGAAUACCAUGAAAUGCUUGAAAAACUACUGCAGAUGGCCAAAAAACACUUCUGGACUGAUCAAAGUGCCUUACACCAUUUCUGCGUCCUACGGUGCUGGUCUUAUCUAGGAAGAAUUGGAGGUAAACAGAAUAUAUCUAUAUCUGUGAGCGGAUGUGUUAAUCAUGGAAUCAUUGAGCACGAGCUCCUUCAUUCUCUGGGAUUCUACCAUGAGCACACCAGGAGCGACCGAGACCAGUAUGUCCGUAUCAACUGGGAGAAUAUUGCACCAGCCUCUGUAAGCAACUUUGAGUUGAAGGACACAAAUAAUUUGAAUACCACUUAUGACUACACCUCCAUCAUGCAUUAUGGAAGGACAUCCUUCACCAUACAAUCUGGGAAGGCAACUAUCACUCCUAUUCCUGACUCAUCAGUUAAGAUCGGACAGAGAGUGGAAAUGUCCUCCACUGACAUCCUGAGGAUCAACAAGCUCUAUGAAUGUGGUGAGUAUAUUUUAUGCAUACAUAAGAAUAUCUGCUCACACUACCACAAGACUCACAUGUAUAUUAAGUGGAUACUGAAGAUAUAA